AUGGCAACCCCCAAAGGGCGUAAAAAGUCGGAUAAGGAGAAAAUCGAUGAAUCCUUCUCGGAGCACAAGGAGUCGCCGAAGAAGUCCAGGAAUAACAUGCAGGAGGAGAAGGCUUUAAAAAUGCGCGCGUGCUUGUCCUGUCGUUUGCUGAGGACGGAAGCGGAGUUCUACCAGAACGGUUGUAGCAACUGCAAGUUCCUGCAGAUGGCUGGAGAUCGACACCGUAUCCACGACUGCACGACCGAAAAUUUCAAUGGGUUCAUGGCGAUAACGACCCCGACCAAGUCUUGGAUGGCUCAGUACAAUGACCUGAGCAAAUAUGCCCCUGGAUUUUACGCGCUGCAGGUGGUGGGCGAAUUACCCGAAUCCAUAAGGGACUUGCGGCCCAACUAUUAA